CUGUCUCUUUCUUUCCCUCCCAACAAAGGCACAGAAAUGACGGCGACGGGCAACGCCGCUCUGACCCUGGCAGAGAAGGUGCGGAUCGAUGGGUCGGUGGCGGAGGCAACCCUAGCGUCCGACGGCGCGCUGCGCUGGAGCUCCGAAAACGGCGGGGAGUGCUGCCUCGUCUUCGACAACGAGGUUUUGGGGUUGGAAGCGGCGGGGGUCCGGAUCACCAUCAGGGCAUUCGUUGAGGCGCACAAGUCGCCGGCUUUCUGUGGUGGUCAGGGCGGCCUCGGGAGGCGGGUGAGGAGGGAUUAUGUUCUGGAGAUGCCCACCGAAGAGGCGGCUUCCAUAUGGAUGGAUAAGAUAAGGGCCUAUCUCGAUUCCCUAGGACGGCCAAAGAGGUUGUUUAUUGUUAUAAAUCCAUAUGGAGGAAAGAAAACUGCACUCAGGAUUUUUGAUACAGAGAUUAAGCCUCUUCUAGUGGAUGCUAAUAUCAUUUAUACCAUGAAAGAAACUAAACAUCAGCUCCAUGCUCAACAAAUUGCUAAGACCGUGGAUCUACUAAAAUUUGAUGGAAUUGUGUGUGUUAGUGGUGAUGGUGUACUUGUGGAGGUAGUCAAUGGUUUGCUUCAAAGAGAAGAUUGGGAUAGUGCUAUUCAGGUUCCUCUUGGGAUAAUUCCGGCAGGUACAGGAAAUGGUAUGGCAAAAUCACUUCUAGAUUCUGUCGGUGACUUGUACUCUGUUUCAAAUGCCACAUUUGCUGUUAUUAGAGGUUACAGACGUUCUCUUGAUGUUGUCACUGUUGCACAAGGAAAGACUAAAUUUUUCAGUGUUUUGAUGCUUACCUGGGGUUUGGUAGCUGAUAUUGAUAUUGAAUCCGAGAAAUUCAGAUGGAUGGGUAGUGCUCGCUUGGACUUUUAUUCUCUUCUACGCAUAUUGAAAUUGAGAAUGUAUCAAGGGCAUGUUCAAUUUGUGCCAGCACCUGGGUAUGAAACAUAUGGAGAACCAGUAAGGCAAAGUGUCUGUGAUAGCAAUGCUAAACUUUGCAAAGAUGACCAGCGAGAUACAGUAAAUUUUAGCUUGUGUGGCUACCAAGGCCUUGCAGUUGGUGCUGAUGGAUGUGAAUGGAGAUCUAUGGACGGCCCUUUUAUCUCAGUUUGGAUCAACAAUGUGCCAUGGGCGGGUGAAGAUGUAAUGCCAGCACCCAAUGCAAAGUUCUCUGAUGGCUACUUGGAUGCGAUCAUCAUUAAAGAAUGUUCAAAGUCAGUCCUCUUGUCGCUGAUGCUAAAGAUGAGCGAUGGAAGUUACUGCAAGUCACCAUAUGUCACCUACCUCAAGGUCAAGGCAUUCCGGCUAGAGCCCGGAAAACGAGUAGGGCACCCCACAAAGGGUGGCAUUGUUGAUUCAGACGGAGAGGUUAUUGCAAGGGGAGAUUACUCUGAUUGCGAUAGUAAACAAGAGAACAAUCUGAUGUCUUAUGGUCCUCCCAUCCAAAUGACAGUGGACAAGGGUUUGGCCACCAUCUUCUCACCCAGAUGAUGAAUUGAUGAUGAUCCCUCUUGCACAUCUUUUGUUCACUGAAGCGAAGUGUAAGAAAAUGUACACAGGCGUUGUAUGAUUUCUGUGAAGGUGGAAGAAAGGUGACAUAGCAUGUGUUGUCGUCCGAGUAAUUCUUGCAUCCAUGUGUAUUCUAUUGCUUCCUUGUCAUAUCUGUACCACAGUUAAUUAAUGAGCAAAUAUAAAUUAGUUAUUAAUUGCUCAGUGUUGGGAAUUGAUUCGCCUUGCCAAUAACUUUUAAAUCGAUUAGAUUGUAAUUAAUUGCUCAGUGUUAUAAUUAUUUUUGAUCAUACUAAGUUUUGCAGAUCUA